CAGCCAUGAACCCCCCCGAGGGGCCAGCCGACGAAGCAGCCGCCGCAGAUUCGGACGUGGACGCCUUUUUCCGGACAGGGUCUUUUCGGAACGACAGUCUGAAAGCUGCAGACGUGCUGCCCAUCCUGAAGGAGAAAGUGGCCUUCGUGUCCGGUGGCCGGGACAAGCGGGGUGGCCCCAUCCUUACCUUCCCAGCCCGGGGCAAUCACGACCGGAUCCGGCAAGAAGACCUGAGUAAGCUCGUCACCUAUCUGGCCAGCGUGCCCAGCGAGGAUGUGUCGAAGCGUGGCUUCACAGUGAUCAUCGACAUGCGUGGGUCCAAGUGGGAGCUGAUCAAGCCCCUGCUGAAGACGCUGCAGGAAGUCUUCCCAGCCGCCAUCCACAGUGCGCUGCUCAUCAAGCCCGACAACUUCUGGCAGAAGCAGAAGACCAACUUCGGCAGCUCCAAGUUCACCUUCGAGACGAACAUGGUGUCCGUGGAGGGGCUGGCCAAGCUGGUGGACCCGUCGCAGCUGACGGACGAGUUCGACGGCUCACUGGACUACAACCACGAGGCAUGGAUCGAUCUGCGGGGGGCUCUGGAGGCGUUCUUCCACAGCGCCGUGCACCUGCUGGCGCGCCUGGAGGACCUGCAGGAGAUGCUGGCGCGCAAGGAGUUCCCCGUGGACGUGGAGGGCUCACGGCGCCUCAUCGACGAGCACGCCCAGCUGAAGAAGAAGGUGCUCCGGGCGCCCGUGGAGGAGCUGGACCGCGAGGGCCAGAGGCUGCUGCAGUGCAUCCGCUGCAGCGAUGGCUUCUCGGGCCGCAAUGGCCUGCCGGGCAGCGCCGACUUCCAGAGCCUUGUACCCAAAGUGACCAGCCUCCUGGACAGGCUGCACUCCACCCGCCAGCACCUGCACCAGAUGUGGCACGUGCGCAAGCUCAAGCUCGACCAGUGUUUCCAGCUCAGGCUCUUCGAGCAGGACGCUGAGAAGAUGUUCGACUGGAUCAGCCACAACAAGGCGCUGUUUCUGCAAAGCCACACAGAGAUCGGCGUCAGCCACCAGCACGCACUGGAUCUGCGAACCUUGCACAAUCACUUCACCAUGAACUCCAUGAACGCGUACGUGAAUAUCAACCGCAUCGUUUCGGUGGCAUCGCGCCUGGCCGAGAGCGGCCACUAUGCUGCACAGCAGAUGAAGCAGAUCUCUGGCCAGCUGGACCAGGACUGGAAGAGCUUCGCUGCUGCACUGGACGAGCGCAGCACCAUCCUGGCCAUGUCUGCUGUGUUCCACCAGAAAGCCGAGCAGUUUCUGUCAGGGGUGGACGCCUGGUGCAAAAUGUGCAGUGAUGGGGGGCUGCCAGCCGACAUGCAGGGCCUGGAGCUGGCGGUGCAUCACCACCAGGCCCUGUACGAGCAGGUGACCCAGGCCUACACCGAGGUGAGCCAAGACGGCAAGGCCCUCCUGGACGUCCUGCAGCGGCCCCUGGGCCCCGGCAAUGCGGAGUCUCUGACGGCAUCGGCCAACUACUCGCAGGCCGUGCUGCAGGUCCUGGACGUGGUACAUGAAGUCCUGCACCACCAACGCCGCCUGGAAGGCAUCUGGCAACACCGCAAGGUCCGCCUGCACCAGCGCCUGCAGCUCUGCGUCUUCCAGCAGGACGUGCAGCAGGUGCUGGACUGGAUUGAAAACCACGGCGAGGCCUUUCUCAGCAAACACACUGGCGUGGGCAAGUCCCUGCACCGGGCACGAGCCCUCCAGAAGCGGCAUGAUGACUUCGAGGAGGUGGCCCAGAACACGUACACAAACGCGGACAAGCUGCUGGAGGCGGCGGAGCAGCUGGCGCAGACGGGGGAGUGCGACCCAGAGGAGAUCUACAAGGCCGCACGGCACCUCGAGGUCCGCGUGCAGGACUUCGUGCGACGCGUGGAGCACCGCAAGCUGCUGCUCGACAUGUCCGUGUCCUUCCAUACGCACACCAAAGAGCUGUGGGCCUGGAUGGAAGACCUGCAGAAGGAGCUGCUGGAGGAUGUGUGUGCCGACUCGGUGGAUGCAGUGCAGGAGCUGAUCAAGCAAUUCCAGCAGCAGCAAACAGCCACCCUGGAUGCCACCCUCAACAUCAUCAAGGAAGGGGAGGAUCUCAUCCAGCAGCUCAGGGACUCGGCCGUGUCCAGCAACAAGACACCGCACAGCAGCUCCAUCAGCCACAUCGAGGCAGUGCUGCAGCAGCUGGACGAAGCGCAGGCACGGGUGGAGGAGCUUUUCCACGAGCGAAAGGUCAAAUUGGACAUCUCCCUGCAGCUGCGCAUCUUCGAGCAGUUCACCAUCGAGGUGACGGCUGAGUUGGACGCGUGGAACCAGGACCUGCUGAGGCAGCUGAGCGACUUCAACACGGAGGACGUGACGCUGGCCGAGCAGCGGCUGCAGCGCCACACGGAACGGAAGCUGGCCAUGACCAACCUGACCUUUGAGGUGGUGCAGCAGGGACAGGACCUGCAUCAGUACAUCAUGGAAGCCCAGGCCUCAGGCAUCGAACUGAGCAGCGACAAGGACGUGGACCUGGCGGGGCAGGUGCAGGAGCUGCUGGACUUUGUGCACGAGAAGCAGCAGGAGCUGGAGCUGAGCGCCAACCAGACCCACAAGCAGCUGGAGCAGUGUCUGCAACUGCGCCACCUCCAGGCUGAGGUCAAACAGGUCCUGGGCUGGAUUCGCAAUGGGGAAUCAAUGCUCAACGCCAGCCUGGCCAAUGCCAGCUCCCUGUCGGAAGCCGAGCAGUUGCAGAGAGAACAUGAGCAGUUCCAGCUGGCCAUUGAGUCCCUGUUCCAUGCCACCUCGCUGCAGAAGACUCACCAGAGCGCACUGCAGGUGCAGCAGAAGGCUGAGGCGCUGCUGCAGGCCGGGCACUAUGACAGCGAGGCCAUCCGGCAGUGCGCCAAUAAGGUGGCCCUGCACUGGCAGCAGCUCAUGCUCAAGAUGGAGGACCGUCUGAAGCUGGUCAAUGCCUCCGUGGCCUUCUACAAGACCUCCGAGCAGGUGUGCAGCGUCCUGGAGAGCCUGGAGCAGGAAUACCGGCGAGAUGAUGACUGGUGCGGAGGCCGAGACAAAUUGGGCCCCGCCGCCGAGGUGGACCACGUCAUCCCCCUCAUCAGCAAACACUUGGAGCAGAAGGAGGCCUUCCUGAAGGCCUGCACACUGGCCCGGAGGAAUGCCGAGGUCUUCCUCAAAUACAUCCACCGGAACAACGUCAGCAUGCCGGGCUCAGCCAGCCACACCCGCGGGCCUGAGCAGCAGGUGAAAGCCAUACUGAGCGAACUCCUGCAGCGGGAGAACCGGGUCCUGCACUUCUGGACAAUGAAGAAGCGGCGGUUAGACCAGUGCCAGCAGUUCGUGGUGUUCGAACGCAGUGCCAAGCAGGCGCUGGAGUGGCUGCAGGACAGCGGCGAGUUCUACCUGUCAACGCACACGUCCCCCGGGGAGACACUGGAGGAGACGCAGGCGCUGCUCAAGGAAUACGGCGAGUUCCGGGUCCCGGCCAAGCAAACCAAGGAGAAGGUGAGAUUGCUCAUCCAGCUGGCAGACAGCUUCGUGGAGAAGGGCCAUGCCCACGCUGUGGAGAUCAGGAAGUGGGUGACCUCAGUGGACAAGCAGUACCGCGACUUCUCCCUUCGAAUGGGCAACUUCCACUACACACUGGAGAAGGCCCUUGGGGUCAACACGGAGGAUCACAAGGACCUGGAGCUGGACAUCAUCCCGGCCAGCCUUUCAGACCGCGACGUCAAACUGCGCGAGGUCAACCACGAGGCCAACGAAGAGAAGAGGAAGUCGGCCCGCAAGAAAGAGUUCAUCAUGGCGGAGCUGCUGCAGACAGAAAAGGCCUACGUCCGAGACUUGCACGAGUGUCUGGAGACGUACCUAUGGGAGCUGACGAGCGGCGUGGAGGAGGUCCCCCCCGGCAUCCUCAACAAGGAGCCCAUCAUCUUCGGAAACAUCCACGAGAUCUACGAUUUCCACAACAACAUCUUCCUGAAGGAGCUGGAAAAAUACGAGCAGCUUCCCGAGGACAUCGGCCACUGCUUCGUCACUUGGGCCGAUAAGUUCCACAUGUACGUGACCUACUGCAAGAACAAGCCAGAUUCCAGUGAACUGAUCUUGGAACACGCGGGCACCUUCUUUGACGAAAUCCAGCAACGGCACGGCCUGGCCAACUCCAUCUCAUCCUACUUAAUCAAACCUGUCCAGAGGAUCACCAAGUACCAGCUCCUCCUCAAGGAGCUCCUGGCCUGCUGCGAAGAGGGCAAGGGCGAGCUGAAGGACGCACUGGACGUGAUGCUCAGCGUCCCCAAAAGAGCCAACGACGCCAUGCAUGUCAGCAUGCUGGAAGGGUUUGACGAGAACCUGGACGUCCAGGGGGAAUUGAUCCUCCAAGACUCCUUUCAGGUGUGGGACCCCAAGUCUCUGAUUCGCAAGGGGCGGGAGCGCCACCUCUUCCUCUUCGAGAUCUCGCUCGUCUUCAGCAAGGAGAUGAAAGACUCGGCCGGACACACCAAAUACGUUUACAAGAAUAAGCUGCUGACCUCAGAGCUGGGGGUGACCGAGCACGUGGAGGGAGAUGCCUGCAAGUUUGCCUUAUGGUCCGGCCGCUCGCCCUCCUCAGACAACAAGACGGUGGUCAAGGCUUCCAGCAUCGAGGCCAAGCAGGAGUGGAUGAAGAAGAUCAGGGAGGUGAUCCAGGACAGGCUCAUCCACCUCAAGGGGGCACUUAAGGAGCCCAUCCAACUGCCCAAGACCCCGGCCAAGCAGAGGAACAACACCAGGAGGGACGGAAUGGAUGAUGGGGACGGUCAGGGGGAGGGCAGCAGCCAGCCGGACACCAUCUCCCUCACCUCCAGGACCUCCCAGAACACAGGGGACAGCGACAAGCUGUCGGGGGGCUGCGAGCUGAACGUGGUGCUACAGGACUUCGGUGCGGGCCACAGCGGGGAGCUGAGUGUCCAGGCGGGGCAGACGGUGGAAGUGCUGGGCCGCUGCCUGGUGUGGACGACCACCACCACGACCACCACCAUGGGGACGCCGGUGGCGGCGGGGGCCACGGCGGGGACGGGGACAACCUCGACAGGGACGGCUGCGGUGGGCCUGGCAGAGCGCGGCGGCCCGCAGGAGGGCCUGGUCCCUGGCAGCUCGCUCUGCUCCUCUCGUGCCCGUGGCAGCCUGGAGAUCGACUGCUUCUACCCGCCUGGCAGAGAUGUCUUCUCCCCAGGGCCCGGGGAGAACGGAGCCAAGCCGGACCCGGUGUCCAGCCUGCAGCCGCAGGGCCCGAAGCGUUCGGGGAACACGCUGAAGAAGUGGCUGACCAGCCCCGUGCGGCGACUCAACAGCGGCAAGGCCGACGGACACGUCAAGAAGCAGAAGAAGCCGGCCCGCGAUGGGCGCAAGAGCUGCGACCUCGGCUCCCCGCGCACCGCGGACGACGGCACCCCUCAGGGGGACAGUGCCGACGAGAAGAGCAAGAAGGUGUGGGGGGAGGAUGAGGCGGAUGAAGAGUGGCACCCCCCACUGCCACCCCCCAUGAAGAUCUUUGACAACGACCCCUCGCAGGACGAGAUGCCCUGCUCUCUGCUCGCUGCCCGACAGUGCGCUGCCCUGGCCCCCACCUCCGCCCCUGACGUCCCCACCGCCGCAGACCUGGUCAGCGCCAUCGAGAAACUCGUCAAGAACCAGCUGACCCUGGACGGCAGCGGCGGCGAGCGGGGAUCGUUCCGCGGAGGAAUCCCGGCUGAAGCCCCCAGCGAGAGUCCGGCUCCGACCCUGACCCCAGCCCCGGCCACGCCGCCCCGGAACACGGAGGAGGAGCAGCGGGCCAAGGCCCUGCGCGGCAGGAUGUUCGUCCUCAAUGAGUUGGUGCAGACGGAAAAGGAUUACGUCAAAGACCUGGGCAUAGUGGUACAGGGCUUCAUGCAGCGGAUGGAGGAGAAGGGGGUCCCGGAGGCCAUGCGGGGGAAAGACAAGAUCGUCUUCGGCAACAUCCACCAGCUGUGCGACUGGCACACAGACUUCUUCCUGGCGGAGCUGGAGAAGUGCAUUCAGGAGCCCGAGCGGUUAGCGCGGCUCUUCAUCAAGCACGAGCGGAGGCUGCACAUGUACGUGUGGUACUGCCAGAACAAGCCGCGCUCCGAGCACCUCGUGGCCGAGUUCGACGCCUACUUCGAGGAGGUGAAGCGGGACCUCGGGCAGCGGCUCGGCCUCAGCGACUUCCUCAUCAAGCCCGUCCAGAGGAUCACCAAGUACCAGCUGCUGCUCAAGGAUUUCCUGAAAUACAGCGAGAAGGCCGGGCUGGACUGUGCCGAGAUAGAGGAAGCAGUGGAGCUCAUGUGUCUUGUCCCCAAGCGCUGCAAUGACAUGAUGAACCUCGGCCGGCUGCAGGGCUUCGAGGGUCCACUACCAGCGCAGGGCAAGCUGCUUCAGCAAGACACGUUCUUCGUGACGGGGCCGGACGCGGGAGCGCAGCAGAGCCGGCCCAAGGAGCGCCGCGUCUUCCUCUUCGAGCAGAUCGUCAUCGUCAGCGAGCUGCUCCGCAAGGCCGCCCUCGCCCCCGCCUAUGCCUUCAGCUGCGGCAUCAAGAUGAAUCACCUGAGCCUGGAGGACAGCGUGGAUGGAGACCCCUGCAAGUUCGCCCUGUUCAACCGAGACACGGCCGAGAGAAUCGUCCUGCAGGCCGCCAACCCUGAAAUCCGACAUGCCUGGGUCCAGGACAUCAAUCAGCUGCUGGACUCUCAGCACCACUUCAUCAACGCUCUGCAGUCGCCCAUCGAGUACCAGCGGAAGGAACGUAGCAACGCUGUGCUAAAGACUCCGGUCAGCAGGGUCCCCGGGCCCAGCUCCCGGCCCCACUCCUCAAUGCCCCCGGGGCCGGAGCGGCAGGCCAAGGGGAUGGACGGCAGCCCCCCGCUGCCCUCCCUGAAGAAACCCACCGCCGACGGCAGCCCCAGCCUCGACCUCCAGCAGCCGGCGGACACGUGUGAGCCCAGCGAGGUCGACCCGGGCAUCUGCGAGGAGGCUCCGGCCCCGCCGGGCGCCCAGGACCACGCGGGCCUCCAGGAGCACGACGCCGGCCUGAGCCGGGCCGGUGAGCGCGGGCGCCAGCUGAGCUCGGGCACGGCCUUCCAGCCGGCGGCCGCCCCCAGCCCCGGGCCCAGGCCCCCCUCCGCCACCCCGCCCGACCCAGGCGACGGGACCAUCAAGAAGUCGUGCUCCUGGCACACUCUGCGCGUGAGGAAGCAGGCGGAGAAGGACAGCGUGGGCAAGAGCGGAGCCCCCGGCGCACCACGGAAACCCAAGGAGCCCCUGGCCGAAACGCCCCCCAUCAGAGAAGCACCCAGCUCAGAGGACUCCGAGUGUGAUGACCUGGACCCCAACACUAGCAUGGAGAUCUUGAAUCCGAAUUUCAUCCAGGAUGUGGCCCCGGAGUUCCUGGUGCCGCUGACCGACGUGUCAUGCCUGCUGGGGGCAUCGGUGACGCUGCAGUGCAAGGUGUGCGGGAGACCCCGGCCCAGCGUGGCCUGGAGGGGCCCGGACCAGACCGUCCUCAGCCUCCACGCCAGCAGUGCCGCCUACAUCGCCUCUGCCAGCGACUCUGGCGAAAUCUCCCUGAAGAUCUGCAAUCUUAUGCCACAGGACAGUGGCAUGUACACGUGCAUCGCCACCAAUGACCACGGGACCGCAUCCACAUCCGCCACGGUCAAAGUCCAAGGUGUCCCGGCUGCCCCGACCCGGCCCAUAGCUCAGGAGCGGAGCUGCUCCUCCGUCAUUGUGCACUGGCAGCCCCCGCCGAGCACGGGGAACUGCACCAUCUCCGGCUACACGGUGGAGUACCGGGAGGAAGGGCCCCAGGCUUGGCAGCAGUCAGUGGCGUCCACGCUGGACACCUACCUGGUGGUCCAGGACCUGGGCGCCGGCCGCGCCUACCAGUUCCGCGUCAGUGCCAGUAACCCCUGGGGCAUCAGCCCGCCCAGCGAGGCCUCCGACUUCGUCAGGCUGCCCGAGGCCGACUCGGCCCCGGCCGGGGCCACCAUCACCUGGAAGGACAACUUCGAGCUGGCCUACACGGAGCUGAACGAGAUCGGGAGGGGCCGGUUCGCGGUGGUGAAGAAGUGCGUGCACAAGACGACGCGGAAGGACGUGGCCGUCAAGUUCGUCAGCAAGAAGAUGAAGCGGAAGGACCAGGUGGCCCACGAGGCAUCGCUCCUGCAGCACGUGCAGCACCCCCAGUUCCUCACCCUGCACGGCACCUACGAGUCCCCCUCCGCCUACAUCCUCGUCCUGGAGCUGGUGGAGGACGGUCAGCUGCUCCAUCACGUCCUGAACCACGGCGAGCUGAUGGAGGCCGAGGUGGCCUUCUACAUCCGAGGCACCACGGAGGCCUUGCAAUACCUGCACAACUGCAGGGUGGUGCACCUCGACAUCAAGCCGGAGAACCUGCUGGUGGACGCCCGGCUGCCGGUGCCGCGGGUGAAGGUGAUCGACCUGGAGGAUGCGGUGCAGAUCACGGGCCCGUGGCACGUGCACCGGCUGCUGGGCAGCGCCGAGUUCGCGGCGCCGGAGGUGGUGCGCGGGGCGCCGGUGGCGCUGGCCACCGACCUGUGGAGCGUGGGCGUGCUGGCCUACCUGCUGCUCAGCGGCGUCUCGCCCUUCCUGGACGACAGCAAGGAGGAGACCUGCGACAACGUCUGCCGGGCCGACUUCAGCUUCCCGCCCGAGUACUUCGGCGCCGUCAGCCUCCACGCCCGCGACUUCGUGUCCGCCCUGCUGCAGCCCGACCCCCGGCGGAGGCCCACGGCCGCCACCUGCCUCCGGCACCCCUGGCUGCAGCCCCACCGCCCUGGCCACCCCGGGGCCACGGGGGCCACCGGGGACCCCGGCUCCCCCGGCUCCUCCGGAUCCUCCCCGGCCCCGCUGGACACGGCGCGGCUGGCCGGCUUCGUGGAGAGGCGCAGGCUGCAGCACGACGUCCGGCCGCCGCCCCCGCCCCACGCCUUCCACGGCUGCAGCCCCAGGCGCCCGCCGCCCCCCGACACCUAGGCCGA